AUGAAUGCUGAAGAUGGAUGCUCUAAGAUUUUUGCCAGGCAAAUUAACAAGCAAGCGAAACAAUUGGUGUACAAUGUACAUUCUUUCUUUAAACUAAGAAAACAAGAUCAAUCGUCUACGGAAUAUCAACAAGACGUAAACUUGAAUAAAUUGGUCGCGCAAGCAACAGGAAUAUCUUUAACAUCUAAAAUUGAAGAUGAGUACUGUCAACACGAUCAAAUACUCGACGACGCUAUGGACGAAAUGAUAAUUAAUUUACAAGAUAAUUCUAACUCGUCCAGUUGCACAGAUAGCGAAGACGGUAAUUCAAGUGAUAUGAAUAUUGAUAUUAGCGAGGAGGAAAAUAUAUAA